CUCAGCUCAGGAAAAUGAAACUAACCCUGUGACACUGUCCGGAGGGAGCCAUGGCCACAGACACCCCCGUGGAAAGUCUCCAGGAGGAAGCUACAUGCCCCAUAUGUCUGGAGUAUUUUAAGGACCCGGUGAUUAUAGACUGUGGGCACAAUUUCUGCCGAGCCUGCAUCGCCCAGUGCUGGGAGAGACCAGAUACAGACAGCUCCUGCCCUCAGUGCAGAGAAACUGUGCAACAGGGAACCCUCAGGCCGAACAGGAAGCUGGCAAAUGUUGUAGAAAUAGCCAAACUGCUGAGUUUACAAGCAGCAAAGGGAGCAGGAGAGGAGAGGGUGUGUGGGGAACACCAGGAGAUUCUGAAACUGUUCUGUGAAGAGGAUCAAACUUCUGUCUGUGUGGUUUGCCAUCUGUCCCGGGCUCACAGAGAUCACAGGGUGGUUCCCAUAAAGGAGGCUGCCCAGGAGUACAAGGAGAAACUCCAGGGAGCCCUGGGCCCUCUGAGGAAGGAGCUGGAAGAGGCCCUGGCUCUGAUGUCUGCAGAGGAGGAGGAGAUCACAGAGUGGCAGGGGAAAGUGAAGAAUAAGAAAGAGAUGAUUACAGGUGAAUUUAACAAACUGCACACACUGCUGAGAGAGGAGGAGCAGCUGCUUCUGCAGACCCUGGAGGAGGAGAAGAGGGAGACUCUGCAGAGACUAAGGGAAAAUAUAACCAAACUCUCCCAGCAAAGCUCCUUUCUGCAGCAGUUGAUAACGGAGAUUGAGGAGAAGUGUCAGCUACCAGUUGUAGAGCUGCUAAAGGAUGUGAAAAGCACAUUGAACAGGAGUGAGAAUGUGAAACUCCAGGAACCAGAAGCUGUUUCUACUGACCUGAAGAACGUGUAUAAAAUUUCUCUUGACAUGAGGGAAGCACUGCAGAGAUUUGGAGUGGACAUGACUCUGGAUCCAGACACGGCAAAUCCCAACCUCGUCCUGUCUGAGGAUCGGAAACGUGUGAGAUAUGGAGACACUUGCCAGGAUCUUCCCGACAACCCUAAGAGAUUUAAUAGAUAUCUCAUUGUCCUGGGCGCUGAGGGGUUCGCGGGCGGGAGGGGUUACUGGGAGGUGGAGGUGGGAGACAAGACGAGAUGGGAUCUGGGGGUUUGUAGAGAAUCUGUGAGCAGGAAGGGGCAAGUUACAGCCACACCUGAGGAUGGAUUCUGGGUCGUGGGGCUGAGGGAUGGGGAAUACGAGGCCCUCACCUUCCCCCCGACCCCCCUCCCCAUGAGCGUCAGGCCCAGGCGGGUGGGGAUUUUCCUGGACUAUGAGGCGGGCGAGGUCUCGUUUUACAAUGUGACUGACAGGUCCCAUCUCCUCACUUUCACUGACACCUUCUCCGGGACACUCCGCCCUUAUUUCUGUCCUGGUCUCAACGCUGGGGGUAAAAACGCGGCUCCCCUGAUCAUCUGCCCGGUCCCAGCUCAGGCCGGAGGGAAUCUCGGUCCUUGACAGUGACCCCGCGGCACAGACUGGCCCCUCCCAGCCCUGCUGCUCUUCCCGCCCCCAGUGAUGGGGGCCAGUUACUGCAGCAACUGGACUUUCUGUGCUGACCGGACGCUGCCAGUUUCCCUUUUCAACUGGAGUAAAAAACCAGACACCUGGCAACCCCCAGCCCUCACUUUCCCCGUCCCCUGCCCCAGGGGUAGCAGAUGGGGGUGGAUGGGGGAUAUUUACCCCUGUCAGAAUUUUCUACCCCUGUGAAAUGUCAAUGUAAAAUAUGAAAGAAAAAAAGAUUAUUUUAAUUUAGAAAAUAUUAUUGUAAAAAGGUGUAAAUACAAGAAUAUUUUAAUUUACAUUUAAACAGUACUUCAAAAACAAGCAUUUAAAUAUAUUUUUAGAACUGGAAUUAUUUAUAUUUAUUUUUUGAUUCUUCCCUCAAAUCUAUAUUGAAGUUUAACUUCUCUAAAUAACGUCAUUUGUAUUUCAGCUGGGGAAUACAAGAAAUGCAAAAUAUUUAUCUUAAGAAAAUAAAGUAUUAAAUUCUCAGAGUGGGUUGUUCAGUUACAAUGUACAUGUGUUAUAAACAUCACAACUACACACAUGUGCAGCUGCUCUUUCUGUUUCCCCCCCCCCACCCCCUUUGUUGUCUUGACUGGUUCUCUCUGGCGGGCAGGGCACAUACACCCACCUCCUGCACUUCGUCUUUGAAAAUUAAUAGGUUAAAAAUGAUAGAAUUAAUUAAGCAAUAUAUUUAACUUAACUCACACAAGAUUAUAUAAUAGUCUUUGAACUUCUGUCAGCAUUAAUUCAUGUGAUUUUUAACUUUCUAGCUACAUAUAAUUGGUAAUCAAGAUGUGACCCUUCCUUUCUUUUUCUCACAGUUAAGAAAACACAGUCCCUGACAUCAAAUGCUCUCUUCCUAUAGAUAGAAAUCUCUUCUACAAUCUCAAUUUUUUAGUUUAUUUUUCUUUAGACAUAUUAUUUGAAGGCAAUGGACUGAGUGGCAGUGUCCACUGUUGAUUUCGGUGUAUUGCCAGGCUCUUCAUGUUCUUGGUUAUAAGGACACAACAAAUGUAGUUUGAUAAAGAAAUAGAGAAGGGGUUGUAUUCCUUUACUGAAUCAUCACAAAUUAACUUAAUUGUAUUAACUGGCACUUAGUGACACAUAACAUGAAAUUUGGUGAAGCUUUCUUGGGAAACCUUUCUUCUCGGCCAUAAAUCAGUCAAAAAGGUGUUAUUUUUGUUGUCAUGUAAGGUUUAGAGUUCAAAAAAAAUAAAGUUACUCCAGGAAAUUCAUCUCAAUUCUUCUGGGUUCUCUGUCUACCACCUUCUGGAAUGCUCUGUAAAAAUAGUGACAGAUUGGUCUAAUUCCUUGAAAUUAGCGAUUGAACCUAGUUUCUUGAAGAGCUACUGAGCAGAGUCUGAGGGGAGGCACAUUGAUUGGCAUUGCUAAGACUAAUUUUUGUUUUCAACAUGAUGCGUUAUGAACAUUUUCAAGAUAAUAAUUCAGUUUUGAAGAUUUAUUCAUAAUAUGCCAUUCAUGGCACUGUGCCCUAACCUUAUCUUGAUUAUUUGAAAAUAAAUACCCUAAAAUUA